GCUUUGUGUCCCGACUUCCGAGUACCGGUUAGAACUUAGUACUACCUACUAUCUAUCUACUUCCUAUUGCACCACUCCUGGCCCCUGGCCUGCUCGCAACGCCUCGAUUCUAUGACUACCUGGUAGUAGUAGCAGUAGCAUUUACGCUCCAUGUUGGCACUGCUGGCGAAGAUAUGACCUACAUUGCUCACCUAACUACAUCAUCCACAAUAACUUCCUAUCAUUGAACUCCAGUUUCAUCCAUCCUGAUCCGUCGUGCUCAAAACACCGCGUCUUAGUCAGACUGGUACAUGCCUGAGCUAACUAAUCAGCACGUGCAGUCCGUCUCCGCACUAAUUCUCCCCAACAUGUCGCCCUCCACACUGAUUCAAGGGAGGAAGGCCUUCCUGUCCAUAUGGAGCAGUGAUUGAAGCAUCAACCCAAAUAUCCUCUAUAGCCAGCCAACCCACAGCCAUGCGCAUUAGCCAGCUGUACACUUACCCCAUCAAAUCUAUUCGGGGGACUCCCCUCUCCUCCGCCACCGUCACCCGAACGGGCUUUCUCUAUGAUCGCCGGUUCAUGCUUCUCAAGGUUCUGGAUGAUGGCACCCUCGAGAACAUGCACAUUCCGGUCUUCCCGGAGAUGUCCCUUUUCUAUACCGAUAUAAUCUACCCUAGUGAGGAUGGGACAGAACCAGGACACAUUGUGGUGACGUAUCGGCCGGCUGUAGGCGCAUCGAUUGAUGAAAAUGGCAAACCAAGCCGCAUCCUCCGCCUUCCCCUCAGUCCCGAUACGCGAGGACUGGACGAGCUGACCAUCGUGAUGCAUCGGAGUCCCACAAAGGGAUAUAAUAUGGGCCCGCAGUAUAAUGGUUGGUUCAGCGAGUGGUUCGGGUUUCCAGUCGUGCUGGCCUAUCUGGGACCACAUUCGAGGGGGGUCUUGGGCAGUUUUGCGCCGACAAAAAGUGCGGCGCAUACCGAGGCGAUCAAAAAGGGAAAGCCCGGAAAUAGAAAGGGAAAUUCUAAAGGCGAGGGCGUUCUAACCGUUGGGACAGUAAGUGGAAUUGCUGGGGUAACGCUUUUGUUUAAUCUUUUGGUGGGCUUGGGUGCGACGGGUGAGAGCACAAGGCUCGGAAUGUCAAGUGCGGCGGUGGCGGUCGCAUUACUGGUGGUUGUGCUUGGAGGGAUGGCUGUCUAUGCUCGAGUCAAUUCGAGAAGAGAAGAAGAGGAACACAUCACUUUUGCGGAUACGGCCCCGUAUCUGCUGGUGUCAGCGACGUCGGUGGACAACGUGUCGGAGCGGCUAGAAGGGAACCUGAAAAUGGAUGUCACCAAGUUUCGCCCAAACAUCGUGGUAGCUGGCGCAAACGAGGCCUUCGAGGAGGAUUUCUGGGCGGAGGUGGUGGUUGGGUCUGACGAGGAAAGAAAAACACGGCUGCUGUUGACGGCCAACUGUAUUCGGUGUCAGAGUCUCAACGUCGACUAUGCGACGGGCGCAAUGGCACAAGGAAAAACGGGUAAUGUGUUAAAGAAACUGAUGAAAGAUCGUAGGGUCGAUAAGGGAGCGAAGUAUAGUCCAGUCUUCGGUCGGUACGUCUUCCUUGACGGUGACUCCGAGGGUCAGAAGGUGCAGGUGGGUGAUGAGGUGGUGGUCGCUCGACGAGUAGAGGAACGAAUGGUUUACGACUGGCCUGGGUUGACCAAUUGAGACUUUUGGUUGGGGGCCCAGAGUACGAACAGGAAAUGAGAAUCAACGUGGACCAUCAUUCAUCGAUGAUAUAUCUCGGGGUAUUAAAGUCCGGUUCCUGAAUGAUCCCAUGGUACAACAGCAGGUCAACUGGUGAUAGCAAAAUUCAGUUCAGAAUAAGGUAUUACAAGUAGAUAGUAUGAUCAGCACUGCAUACCUGUCUCGAGCCGAAGUUCC